GUUGAGGUGAUAUGGCUUCGACCCUUUUCUCCAGAACUCGUUCGGCUGCUGCCCUUCUGCAGAAGACCCUUAAUCUCUCUCUCGUUCCCAAUGAUCUCGUUGUUUAUCGGCUUUUGAGUUUCUCGAUUGGUGACUGAUUUGCCGGUGUUCGAGGAUUUGUUUAAUGGCCACGAGGCACGAGUACGAGAUGGCCCUCGUGCUUGAAAAGACAAGAACAUUCUACUCGCAACCAGGCUCCACCUAUCAAUCAUCUUCUUGGGCUAGUCGAGUUAUGGCUUCUGCCGGAGGUGGGCCCAGAGCUGCUGGUUACUCAACCUCAUCCAUAUCUACCGAUGAACCUGUUGUUUCUGCUGAUUGGCUCCACUCUAAUCUCAGAGAACCUGAUUUGAAGGUAUUGGACGCCUCGUGGUACAUGCCGGAUGAGCAGAGGAAUGCAAUCCAAGAGUAUCAGGUUGCUCAUAUUCCUGGUGCUCUCUUCUUCGAUUUGGAUGGAAUAUCUGAUCGAACAUCAAAUUUGCCCCACAUGUUGCCAUCUGAGGAAGCUUUUGCUGCUGCUUGUUCAGCACUUGGAGUUGAGAACAAAGAUGGAGUGGUUGUUUAUGAUGGAAAGGGGAUCUAUAGCGCUGCUCGUGUGUGGUGGCAGUUCCGAGCCUUUGGGCAUGACAAGGUGUGGGUACUUGACGGUGGCUUACCAAGAUAUCGUGCUUUGGGCUAUGAUGUCGAAUCGAGUGCUUCUGGUGAUGCCAUUCUGAAAGCCAGUGCUGCAAGUGAGGCUAUAGAGAAAAUAUAUCAAGGGCAAACUGUCAAUCCCAUAACCUUCAAGACGAAGUUCCAGCCUCAUUUUGUGUGGACGCUUGAUCAGGUGAAGAAAAACAUGGAGGAUAAGACUUAUCAACACAUAGAUGCCCGUUCCAGAGCCAGGUUCAAUGGUACAGCUCCGGAACCUCGCAAGGGAUUAAGGAGCGGUCAUAUCCCUGGCAGCAAGUCUGUCCCUUUUACUCAGAUGCUGGAUUCUUCACAGACACUAUUACCAGCAGACGAGCUUAAGAAACAGUUUGAACAAGAAGGUGUCUCAUUGGACAGUCCUAUCAUGGCGUCGUGUGGAACUGGUGUGACAGCAUGCAUUCUGGCAAUGGGGCUUCACCGGCUGGGGAAAAUGGACGUGCCAGUUUAUGAUGGGUCGUGGACAGAGUGGGCAUCGCAGCCCGAGUUUCCCGUGGAGGACUCUUUAUCUAGUGCAUGAACAGAAAAACAUGAACUCUUGGGUUGGUUCAAGCCAACUCUGCUGGGACAGAUUUGUUUCCUGAAGGGGAAAUGGAGGAGCUGUACCUAUUGACAUUCCUGGUUUUGGUUUCACCUGUGAUUGAACAAGCCGUAACCAGCAACAUUGUUUC